UGAGGUAAAAUGCCUUGAUGUUCAACUACAAUACUAUGCACAUACCGACUUUGCUGUAUUAUAUCGUAGAUCUUGUCAUCUUGAAAUUAGGUAAAUAUUGUUUAAUAUAUUAGAAGUAGGAAGUCAGCUUUGCAUUAUGCAUUAUUUCGGGGCCUCCGUGGCAUUGUAGUUAAAGUCUCCCAUCAUAGAUUUUGGUUCUAAAAAACAAGAAAUAAUAUCCAACAGGGAAAGCCACGUUCAAAAAACGCAGCCUUCCCAAAGACACACACGAACAACUCUUGCACACCAUACACAAACAUGAACACAAAGGACAAAACAAGCAAAUACAGGAACACAGUGGAGCACCGCCUUGGAACGGUCAGUGGCAAAACCACCACUGGGAAGCUAAAACCGGUUUAUGGUGCACCUAACCUCACUCUUACCCCCACCAUGUUCCAAAGUCACAAGACAGUGUAAAUAAAAGUAAUCCCCGCCAGGUGAAACCCUAACAUACGUAAAGGCAACAGAAGGUAUGUAAUGUAAAACACAAAGAUGCCCUUGUAGAUAUAAUAUAAAAAUGCAAUCCUUAAGAACCUAAAACGCAGCAGGUCUGCGGCUCAACUAGGUGUCCGCCCAUGUCUACACAAAUGCGUUGACGGACAAUUUGGAUCUCCCUCCAGCACCAGCUGCUGGCUAAUUCGUCAUUUGACAUAAAAAAACAUAAAUGUGGACAAUUUAUGUGAACUACGUUACCAUUUUAUGAACUACGUUACCAUCUCCAGCAUGCUAUCCAUGUAUUAUACCUACGUUUGCAUUUAAUGUAGCAGUAACACACCACAAAGUCAUCAUAUUACCACCAGAAAAAAGUAGAAAAUUGAUAUAUAUCCUUUCGUUAACUUGCUUGAUCUGUUACUAAACGACGACUGGUUAAAAUAUGACUGUUUGUGUUACUUUUAUUUGAUGAAAUCACACAUUGGACGCACCAUCCUUGUUUACAGAGAACCUCUUGAAAUGUAGUCAGUCCCCAUGUAUUUUGCUCCCCAAGAAAUUAGUCCUAGGUUUAAAAUAUUACACAUUUUGCUAAUUUGAUAGUAACGUAGUUCACGGUAACGUGGUUCACAAAAAUAAGGUUAUGUCUGUCUGACUUAAUAAACAUGAUGCACAGUAAAACUGUUUCCCUUAAUAUUAUACUGUUUACUAAUAUGUAUUUAGUGAGAAAUAGGUAUACCUUUGUUUAUAUUGCAUAUAGCAGUAAUGAAUGGUAACGUAGCUCACAAAAUAAUGUAAAGUUAACGGGGUAUCGAUUUUAUGGAGAUAUUUUAAAAAGUUGUCAAGACAUAUGCACGAAAUAAUUUCUUAUUGUACCUUUUCUAUGUUUUGACUGUCUUCGAGACUGAUCAUAGUACAUAUCUAUAUACGCAUUGAUUUUUAAAUGUUCAGCUCAAAAUGGUAACGUAGUUUGCAGAGAUUUCUGUGACAAGACAAUAUCGCUAAAAUAAUGAUUUGUUGUUUUUGUACAAGUCACCUAUACAAUGACAUGCAAAAAUUGCAUUCAAAAAGCAUCUUUUUUAGACCAAAGUAAGCUACCCAGAGUUGUGACAGGGUAAUUUUGCCAAAUUCGGGCGCUAAUACGUACCAUAAUAUUAUAAAAGUACCAUUGUCAGUUGCCAUUUUUUUUUAACGUAGAUAAUGACUAUAGCCUUAAAUCAAAGCAAACGUUUUAUACCUUUUACUAUUUAAUAUGGAAGAAUACGCUUGAAACGGCAGUUUUACAUAAUUGUCCACAUUUCCGUUUUUUAAUGUUGAGCCUAUAUUCUGCCGCUGUGAUUCUAGACCCAACAACAAUUAUACAUAUAAUUUUAUAUAUUCAUUUUUUGUCUACUAGUAUUUAGCACAAUUUGUCUCAAAAUAUUGUAGGGACUUUCACUAGACAAUGUCAAAAUGACGGCAAAUGGAAACUUCCGAAGUAUGGCUGUAUCCGACACGAAGUAAUUCAAAUAUCAACUCGGGUAGAUGACCUACAGAAAAAUUCUGCGGAAGAAGAAAUCCAAGAAGUUAUCCGAAACAUCAACGUUGUAACAUCAAAACCUACAAAGUUCUAUGGUGCGGAAUUACUAGAAUUAUCUUCAGCAUUGAAUGAUAUAGCAACUGUAUUGGUAUCUGUGCCAGAGAGACUGAACGAUAACAUAACAAAUAAUUUCCUUGAAUCAGCGAGCAAUCUGAUCAAGAGCUCAACACAUGAGGGAUGGAAACAUAUUUUAGAAUCCGAUUCAGGGGCAAUUAGUGUGAUAGCUGCAGUUGACUUGUUUGGUAAAUCAUUAAGCCAGUCGCUUAGAACAACAGAACAGAUAAAGAAGACUUUUAUCAAAACAAAUAUUGCUUUUGAAGUAAAGAAAAUUAUACAUGAAGACGUAUUAUUCCCAAAUCAUACAACUAAGAAGCAAAUGAACGAGAGCUUUUCAGAAUGGCUGGAAGACAUAGACAGCUACAUACUAAUGAAAGCAGCAUCAUUUCCAGGUAAGACAAUUUGAGCCGCACCAUGAGAAAACAAACCAAGUGCAUUCGCGUCCGCGCAGACUGGUCAGGAUCCAUGCUGGUUGUUUUCAAAGCCUAUUACAAUUAGAAAAACCUACUAUGCGGAUGCGCAGGCUGGUCUGGAUCCAUGUUGUUCGCAAAUGCACUAUGUUUGUUUUCUCAUAGUGCGGCUCAUUUCACAAACACUGAUAAAUGAACAUAAGAAUGCUUUUUUUGUUCAGCCUUGACUUAAAUAAUGCUCAAAGGGACACGCUUCGUCCUCCUUCGCCAUUUAAAGCGGGAAAGACUCCACAUGAUAAAUAAUUAUUUAGGUAUGAAUCAGAACAAGGAAUGUAUAUGGUCCGUAAAAACAAACGCAUUACGAUAUAGCUAGCUAUGGUUAAUAUUACUCUCAAAUUGUCUUCAUCAUAAAAUCAAAGUGCUGACUGUGGCAUUUCGAUAUAUUUUAAAACUAAUGUACAUGUCUUUACGUUUCGUCUUAGACGAUACUAUCGAAUACAUUGCUGAAACAGUGAUAUACCAAAAUGUAUCGGGGAUACUUCCAAAUCUAAACGAACGUCCAACGAAGGGAAGCAGCUUCAGAAGCUCUAGCACUGUCAGGCUCAAUGGUCCUGUACUUUCCCUGAAAAUAACACCGCAACUGACAGAAGUUUUGGAUCCACCCAUCACAAUCUCAUUUCAACAUACAAAUAAACAGCUAGUUAGGCCGUCAUGUACAUUCUGGCAGUUUCUUGGUGGAUACUGGUCAAACAGUGGAUGCAAAGUUAAAAGUACUGAUAGAUAUCGAACUGUGUGUGAAUGUAACCAUCUUACAAACUUUGCUAUUCUAAUGAGUCCUUUUAAAAAGGCUGAUGUUUCUUCACUAGAGCUUAAACUUAUGACGUACAUUUCAAUUGGAAUAUCUACAGUAUGUCUUGUAGCAACGCUCGGAAUACACGGGACAUUGUGGCAGUACUUGAAAAGCUCACGUACAAAGUUGUUGAUGAACCUCUGUGUUGCACUGAUAUUGGCAUACGUGAUCUUCUUGGCGGGUAUUGAAAGGACGGAAUUUUCAAUAUUAUGUACAGUGAUUGCUGCAUGUCUUCACUACAUAUUUCUGGUAGUAUUCUGUCUAAUGUUGACACAAGGUAUUGAGAUGGCGGUAAGCGUUAUAUAUGUAUUUAAACCAAAGCAUCAGAUGGAUUGGCUCCUGAUCAUCGGAUCUUGGCUUUGUCCAGCUGCAGUCGUGGUAGUAUCACUCGUUAUAACAAAGACCAAAGGCUUUGGAAAUGAGCAAGUAUGUUGGUUAUCCACUGACACAGGUCUCAUAUGGGCUUUUGUUGGCCCAUCUUUACUCGUUAUACUAUUUAACGUCAGUUGCAUUGUUCUCGUCUUGCGAGCAAUAUUACGCUUAAAAGCUGUUCAAAACACUGCAGCGUUGGAAAAAAUAAAGGGAAGCUUUCGUUCAUUAUGUAUAUUGCUGCCGGUGACUGGUGUGCCCUGGAUACUUGGUAUCUUCUAUAUCAACGAAGAUUUAUCUUUCAUUCAGUAUGUGUUUUCUGCGCUUAAUGGCUUGCAGGGUUGUACGCUCUUUAUGUUCCAUUGUCUUCUGAAUCCGGAGGUAAAGAAAGCAUACCUGCGCAUGAAAGAGAAAAAAUAUUCCGCAAAAGCUCUCGUAAGUAUCUAA